AUGUUUUAGGACUCAGUGACCAUUGAGGAUGUGGGUGUGAACUUCACCCCAGAGGAGUGGGCUUUACUAGAUCCUUCACAGAAGAAACUCUACAGAGAUGUGAUGUGGGAAACCUUCAGGAACCUGGCCUCAAUAGGAACGACAUGGGGAGAUGAUGAUAUUGAAGUUAAGUACACAAACCAGGGGAGAAAAUUAAGAAAUCAUAUGGUACAGAGACUCUAUAAAAGUGAAGAGGGUAGUCUGUGUCAAGAAAACAUCAACCUAAAUCCAAAUCUCAGUCUUAACAAGAAAACUAAAGGUGCUAAACCAUGUGAAUGCAGUGCAUGUGGAAUGGUCUUCAUUCAUCAUUCAUCCCUUAAAAGGCGCAUUAGAUGUCACACUGAACACAAACUAUCUGACGAUCAAAAAUAUGGAGAGGAGCCAUAUAAAUGUACAGUCUGUGGAAAAGUCUUCCCUUUUCAUAGGUCUCUUCAAAUACAUGAAAGAACUCAUACUGGAGAGAAAAUCUAUGAAUGUAAAACAUGCAGUAAAGCAUUCACUUCAUCCAGGUCUCUUCGAAUACAUGGAAGAACUCACACUGGAGAGAAAGCUUAUGAAUGUAAAAAAUGCAGAAAAAAGUUCACUUCUUCCAGUUCUCUUCGAGGCCAUGAAAGAAUUCAUACUGGCGAGAAACCCUUUAAGUGUAAAAUAUGUGGUAAAGCCUUUAGGGUUUCAAGAAGUCUUCAACUACAUGAAAGAAGUCACACUGGAGAGAAACCCUAUGAAUGUAAAAAAUGCAGUAAAGCAUUCGUUUAUCCUAGUUCUCUUCUAAAGCAUGAAAGAAUUCAUACUGGAGAGAAACCCUAUGAAUGUAAAACAUGCAGUAAAGCAUUCGCUUCCUCCAGUUAUCUUCAAAAACAUGAAAGAAGUCAUAGUGGAGUGAAACCCUAUGAGUGUAAAAAGUGCAGUAAAGCAUUCAUUUUUCCAUGUUUCCUUCGAGUACAUGAAAAAAUUCAUACUGGAGAGAAACCGCAUGAAUGUAAAAAAUGCCAUAAAGCAUUCACUUCUCAUGGUUAUCUUCAACAACAUGAAAGAAUUCAUACUGGAGUGAAACCAUAUGAAUGUAAAAAAUGCUGUAAAGCAUUUGUUUUUCAAUGUUCUCUUCGAGUACAUGAAAGAAUUCAUGCUGGAGAUGCACCUUAUAAAUGUAAGAAAUGUGGGAAAGCCUUCAUUUUUCCCAGUCCUUCACUUCUCCGUUUUCUUCAAACACAUGAAAGAACUCAUACUGGAGACAAACCUUAUGAACGGAAGGAAUGUGAGAAAGCAUUCACUUAUCACAUAUCAUUUCAAAGCAAUGAGAGAAGUCACACUGUAGAGAAACCCUAUGAAUGUCAGUAAAAUGAGAAAGCCUUUAUUUCUCAUGAAAACCUUUGAGGAUGUGCAAGAAUGCACACUA